UCGUCGUCUUCUUCUUCGCUUGUGUGCAAAGGGAAGUGUCCUCCAUGGUGUCAUUGUAGGUCUUCUGAGGUUGAACAGCCAGAAAAUAAGCGAUGUCUGGUUACACGCCAGACGAGAAGCUCCGUUUCGAGCAGCUUACAAAGCUCCGCAGGCAGUGGCUGAAGGACCAGGAACUCAGUCCGAGGGAGCCCGUGGUAGAAGCCAAACCUCCCGGCGCCGUCGCCAGGUUCUGGACUCGCUUUCUGGAGCCCAAGAGCCUGUGGAGGCUUUACACCUACAAAGUGUACACAGGUGGAGUUUUCACACUAACACGGCUGUUGAUACCUGCUUGGAUUGUUCACUACUAUGUGAAAUACCAUGUUGCUAAAAAGCCAUACGCUAUUGUGGAUUUGAAACCCAAGCUGUUCCCAGGCGACACCAUCCUGGAGACAGGAGAAGUUGUUCAAGAUCUCCCCGAGACCCAUGGUCAUCACUGAAGCUGAAAUAUUUCAAUAAUUUCCUUUGGUUUCUGUUGUAAAAACUGUGUAUAUGCCAAUAAAAUAUUACAUCAUAUAA